GGAAGAAAGGGUCAGAGGUCGUGGGUCAGAAGGCGCUUCCGCUGCUUACCUUGUUGCCUUGUAGUGGACGAGCCGAUUCCCACUUAAAAAUUCCGGAAGGUUCUUGGGCUCCAGUAGGGUAGCAACCACAGUAUUCCUAGUCGCUGGUUUCAGGUCCCUGCCGACUGAGUGGAGCCGCCUCCGCCAUGUUUGGCUGCUUGGUGGCGGGGAGGCUGGUUCAAAUAGCUGCACAGCAAGUGGCAGAGGAUAAAUUUGUUUUUGACUUGCCUGAUUAUGAAAAUAUCAACCAUGUUGUGGUUUUUAUGCUGGGAACAAUCCCAUUUCCUGAAGGAAUGGGAGGAUCUGUCUACUUUUCCUAUCCAGAUUCAAAUGGAAUGCCAGUAUGGCAACUCCUAGGAUUUGUCACAAAUGGGAAACCAAGUGCCAUCUUCAAAAUUUCGGGUCUUAAAUCUGGGGAAGGAAGCCAGCACCCUUUUGGAGCCAUGAAUAUUGUCCGAACUCCUUCUGUUGCUCAGAUUGGAAUUUCAGUGGAAUUAUUGGACAGUCUAGCUCAGCAAACUCCUGUAGGCAGUGCUGCUGUAUCCUCAGUUGACUCAUUUACUCAGUUCACACAAAAGAUGUUGGACAACUUCUACAAUUUUGCUUCAUCAUUUGCUGUCUCUCAGGCCCAGAUGACACCAAGUCCUUCUGAAAUGUUCAUUCCAGCAAAUGUGGUUCUGAAGUGGUAUGAAAACUUUCAAAGACGACUAGCACAAAACCCUCUCUUUUGGAAGACAUAAUUUGAAUAAAAUAAUUUUUAAUGGAUUUUGAGAUUUGUCAU